UGAUUUAGGAAUGGGAGUGGUUUCCUCACCGAGGAGUCACCCCCUCCAAAAGAUCGCAGAGAGUGGACGGGCCCAGUUGGAGGCAUAGCUUGAAGCCCGCGGGGGAGGCCAUGUCUGAAGAAGUGUCUCUCAGUUGCUGCGCACGAAAAGGGACAUCGAACAAAGAAAGCUUUUGCAAGGGGGCUCAGCAUCAACACACACACCUGUCUCGCCCCAACACCUGCCACACCAGCGGCCAGUACUCCAUCUCCAGCGGAAGGAUAGCGAAACUAAGAAGGAACGGUCUAUGUAACGACACGCGAAAGAUGCAAGAAAACGAAACGCUUAAGACAUCCUUCCCUUCAAAAUAAUCUCUUUCGUAUCAUCGCAGCUAAUGGUCACCGCCAGCAAGUCUCAGACUCCAAACUUGAGGUAAGCGCGCAGCCGUCUCCCCCGCGGAAUCACGGGGACCCCUCUGCCCCCUUUGGUUGCAGUCGGGAGCCCGCAAACGGAAGUUCGGAGGACCGAAUGGGCAUGAUUCCAAGUUAGGAGACCUGAGUACCUUCCCUUGAGGAGUCUCGAGCUGGGUGUCCCGGAACAAGACAAAGUCCUCUCUUCUUUUUACCUUUAAAAAUCCCGAGGUUGCCUCUCGUCAAACUCGGAGACCAUGUCUACAGAACUCAUCUCAUCCACAAGAGAAGAGGAAAGCUCUGGCUCAGGACCCAGUUAUAGGUCCAAUAAGAGGAAGAUGUUAAACCUGCUCCUGGAGAGAGACACUUCCUUUACCGUCUGUCCAGAUCUCCCUAGAACUGCAGUGGACAAACUCCUUGGUGAUUCUGCAAACCUAAGCAUUUUGUCUGGAGGAACCCCAAAACGUUGCCUUGAUCUUUCAAAUCUUAGUGGUGGGGAGAUGUCUGCCACUCAGUUUACCACUCCUGCAGACCUUGAUGAAACUGGUAGGAAAAAGGGAGGUCACUUGGAUUCUUCAAUAUCUCAAGAAAUACAGUUAGCUGAGAUGAAUCAUCACCAACACCUUAUGAAAUGCAGUCCAGCACAGCUUCUUUGUAGCACUCCAAAUGGUUUGGACCAUGGCCACAGAAAGAAAGAUGCAACGUGUAGAUCAUCUGCAAAUAAAGAAAAUGAAAACAACACUUUGAAGCCCUUGAAGUUGCAGGCACCCAUGAACCUGAGGUUUCAAAAGAGAUCAGAGGGGCCUUAUGUGUCUCCCCUUUCUCUGCUGGACAAUGGAAACUUGGUGGAAAGUGAAAUGAAGUAUCUGGGCAGUCCCAUCCCUACUUUCCCCAAAGUGGAUCAAAGUUCAGAUCUAGAUGACCAGGCAGAAGAGAUUUCAGAUGAAUUGAUGGGGUUUUCCCUGGAAGAUCAAGAGGCCAAGGCAUUGGUGAACAGAAGCCGCCUCUAUCGCUCCCCUUCAAUGCCAGAGAAUUUGAACAGGCCAAGACUAAAGCAGGUGGCAAAAUUCAAGGAUAACCCAAUACCAGAUAAAGUAAAAAAGAAAUAUUAUUCUGGCCACAGAGAGCUCAGGAAGGUAUGUGUACUGCCAACCGUGUCAGGGAGACACCAAGAUCUGAAGUAUGUCAGCCCAGAAACAGUGGCUGCCUUACUGUUGGGGAAGUUCCAGGAUCUGAUUGAGAAGUUUUACAUCAUCGAUUGCCGCUACCCAUAUGAGUACCUGGGUGGACACAUCCAGGGAGCCUUAAACUUGUACAGUCAGGAAGAACUGUAUAACUUCUUUCUGAAGAAGCCCAUUGUCCCUGUGGACACCCAGAAGAGAAUAAUCAUCGUGUUCCACUGUGAAUUCUCCUCAGAGAGGGGUCCCCGGAUGUGCCGCUCUCUGCGAGAAGAGGACCGGGCUCUGAACAAGUAUCCUGCACUGCACUACCCAGAGCUGUACAUCCUUAAAGGGGGCUACAGACACUUCUUUCCAGAAUAUAUGGUGCUAUGUGAACCACAGAGUUACUGCCCUAUGCAUCACCAGGACCACAAGGCUGAGCUGCUGAGGUGUCGAAGCCAGAACAAAGUGUGGGAAGGGGAGCGGCAGCUGCGGGAGCAAAUUGCCCUCCUGGUGAAGGACGAGAGCCAGUGAUAACAGACCAGCCACUGGCUGCUAAGGAGUCACCAAAAGACGCUACAGCAAUUCUGAGCAGAAACAGGCCCUCUUCUGGAUGGCUAAGCCCAAGAUUGUUAAAAAGAUACCUGCAAAACAACAGGCUACUGAACUAUUGAAAUCCCAUUCCUGGGGAUUGCACUUGCUCCGUAUUUUCCUUUGCUUCUCCCUCUCCCUUUUAUAAAAUGGGAAAAUAAACACUGCAAAAUGA